AUGGAUGCGAAUUUCUACAAAUUUCUCGAACUGUCAGGAAUAACCAUUACCGAGGACACGAAUCUAACACCGCUACUUGCCGACUACUGGAGUUUCACAGCAUACGCCGCAGAAUAUCCAAAUAACAUUUACGAGUUAAAUUUCAUCAAAUGGCAACUAAAAGGUAAAAUCAAAACGACAAAUCAAACUUCGCCGCAGCAAGUAAACACAACACCCCAAUAUCAAACUCCGCCGCAGCAAGUAAAUACAACGACGCCACAAUCUCAAACUCCUCCACAACAAAUAAAUCCCUACCAAUAUCAAACAUCACCACAACAGAUUUCAAUACCGUCGCCUACAUCGGUAUUCAGCCCGAGUAAAGUUUUAACCGCAGACUUCCCUCCACUACCCGUUAAACUCGCAAAGUUAAAAAAACAUGUCAACACUGUCGAAGGUCGGUUUAAUACAUUCACACUCGAGACGCCGCGAACCCCUGAACAGUCAAGCGAAACCAUUAUCAUUGACGAAAAAUCAACUAAAACCGAACCCGAAAUAACCGAACCAAUAUUUCCCGCCCUUACAACAUAUCUUGACGGUUUCAUAUCUGGCAACGAAGAAACACAGAUACCCCAAGUAUACAACACCCCGGUGAAAGUAAAUCGUGGUAAAGAUAUUUCGGUAGCAAGAAAAAAAUUCGAAGAAGAAACCGAAACGGAGAAAAAAGAGAAGAAAACGCCGGCACGAAAGCGAAAACGUGAAUGUGGACGUAGCAAGCGAAAACGCGAAUGUGAAUGUAAAAGCCAUCGAUAUAUGUCAUGCAAGUGA